AUGGAGACAAUUGUGCCGGAGGAACGCCGUCUUCAACUGAACCGCGCCGGUACUACUGCGGAGCUCGAUGCCUCCGCCGCUCGUCAAGAACUGCUUUCCGUCGAACUGCCGUUCAUAAGCAGCGUGCGGAAGAAGGCGGUCUACCGGUCAUUCCCGAAUGCUGGAGAAUCCAGAGCGUGGAAGUUGUGGAGAUGGGUACGUAUCGAUUGCGACUCGGCUGCGAUAAGCUUGAAAAAUGUCAAGGCCGUGCCGUUGCCGCAAGGAACCAUCAGCCUAGGGCUGCAGCCGUCCAGUGAGAUCGACGAACGGGCCCACAAGUAA